UCGUCUUUGGUAUUUCUGUCCGAUUAUGAAGCUUUCUCUCGUGUCUCGAGCAGAGUCCUCUGUUAAUGCUGUUGUUGCUCUGCAGGACAGCCGUGGCCAGGUUUCGUCAAGCCCAGCUGCAAGAGGAAAGCUUCAGGUUUUUAUCUGAACGCGUCUGCAUUAUCUCUAGUGUUCACCGGAUCAUACGGCCUUCACAGGAGACGAGACCUUUUCUAGCUUCGGAGUGUAAUGAGCUACCCAAAGCAGAGAAGUGGAGAAGACAGAUCGUCAGUGAGGUUUCAAAGAAAGUCGCCCCGAUUCAAAACGCUGGUCUGGGUGAGUUUAAGACUCGGGAUUUAAACGAUGAAAUCAACAAGCUGCUCCCAGAGAAAGGACACUGGGAGGACCGGACUAUAGGUUUUCAUAGCUUCUACAGUCAGCUCUGAAGAUCUGAGACCACCAGUGAAAAUAGUUCGCUUGUGCAUUUUUCCAGUUUAAUCAAAAAUUAGAUUAGCGUAAUAAACAGAUCCAGCGAGACGUGUUUGAACACACCGCAGAGAGUAAUUUGAGUUCUGCACAGAAAUCUCUGUUAGAAACGGGUCAGAACACCAGAAGUAUUAACGCUCACUGUAACCGUGGUGUUGAGGCAGAAAUAGUCGGAUGUUAUUACAUUAUUCAGUUCAGGGUUUGUACAACCUUUUGAGAGAGAAAUUCAAGCACUUUUCAGUGACUUUCAAGCAUUCACACAACUGUUUACAGCACGUUAAAGCUCUAAAAUGAUCUCGUUUCAAUGUUAUUUUUAAUGGGAUGACCAAAAUAU